AUGUACUUUGAGAGGAAGGAGCUCGUCCAAUCUUUGGAUCUGCUCUGCUUCAUCCUCUUCGUCUACAUAUGGCUUCUCGACAAUUGCACCGUUCCGCUCAUCAUCAGGGCUGCACUGCAAGUACAAUUCUGCAAUCCGUCGCUGAUGCAUCCUACGUGGACUCUCCCCUUCUUUGUUGUCUUUCUCUGCUGCCUUAACCUCAUCUUCGCUCUCGCACAUCUAUGGGCUCCGCCGAGUACGACCAAUGCGGGAACCGCCAUCUUGAUCGACUUUGUCGGCCAUACUACUCUCCCCGGACGGCUUCACAUGCUCUUCAUCGAUGCUCUUGUCUGGUUCGUUCAGUUGGUGAUGACCGUUGUCGCGUUCGAAAUGGGGAAAGAUCAAGUGAAAGCGGACCAAGAGCCGAGCGUGCUGGAUGAUUCGACGAGCUUGUUGGAACAAGGUGACCUGGGCCAGGGCUGGGACGUACGCGAUGAAGAAGCAAAUCUAUUCGGUCUAGAUCAAGAUGACGAGAGCAAACGACGGCAUACGAGCCUGACGCAUCACAUUGCUGUUGUACGACUAGGUCCGAUUUACAACCAGAUCCUGUCACGCCAAUUUCUACCAGAAGAGCCUACUCAAGUUCCUGAUGCAGACGUUGAGGCAUCCCAGUCGUCCUUCUCACCCCCUACUCAACCGCACUCUGAAAGACCAGACACAACGCGCAUCCGACGCUUCUCAAGGCGAACUCGAAACGCCGCUCCACCCGCGUCUACUGCUGAAGAUCAGCCUUACAUGGGCUUGGGACCUGUAUCAGCCGAUAACUCUUGGCCGCCCAUGUGGCUGAUCCUCGCUCGCAAUACCAUUGGCGGCGAUCUCAGGGUUCCCUCGUUUCGCCCGAUGCAGAAUCUCACAUCAAUAAGAGACACUCUGUUCCGUCGAUUCGGUCGAGCGCAAAGUCAGACUCCUGAUCGCUCCCACUACAUACGCGUCAACCCAGAUGCACCUUCAGACACUUGA